GCGCUGCAGCAAUCCAUUGGAGUGCAGGGUCCAGUUGCCGAUCACCGCGUGGGGAGCCAGCCGCAACUGUGGGGAGCCAGCCGCAACUGCGCACCUCGGACGAAGGCAAGGUAGGCAGCCUCGAGACGGCUCGCCCAGACAAGUUCUGACAAGCAGAGGCAGCCUUAAAGGCUUGCUACAAGCCAAAAUGGGAUCUGGCGCAUCGGCACCCAAGGCCGACACGACCGAGGUUGGCAUCAAGAACCGGAUCGGUGUGCUCUACGACGACAAGGCGAAGCAGGCGUUUGACGCCGCCGCGACCGUGGGACCGGACGGCACGCGUGCGGCCCCCUGGCUCGCCAUCGAGGCGUACGUUAAAAAGCGUGACAAGCGCUGGCUCGACCCUAAGUACGCCUUAUAUCAGAACCUGAAGGCGUUCAAAUCAGCGCGGGAGCAGAUCGCCGAGAUCGCAGGCAAGCACAUCAAGGGUGCGGUAAAGGAGAUCCCGUGGGUGGGCAAGAGUCUCGGCGACGAGUGUCGGCAGUGCGGGCUCGACGGCGAGCCGGCCGCGUCGCUCGACGCGCUCUACGAGGUCGCUGCGCUGGCGAGCGUAGAAUUCAAGGAAAUCAUGACGGCAGCGUGCCCUGAAAGCGGUGUAAAGCUGAUGUUUGCGCCGCUGAAAGGCCGCGACCGGGCUGGCCCAAAGGCGCGUGACGAGUACGCAGACAAGACGGCGCCGUGCUACAGCUGGCUCUUCGACAUCGCACGCGGCGCCGCGCUGUGCCAGACGGAGGACGCUAUCGUGCAGCUCUACGCGGCGCUCGAGGCGGACCCGCGCGUGGAUAUCGUGCGGACGAAGAAUCGUUUUAAUCCACCGAUGUUCAACGGCUACCAGGACAUUUUGAUGAACGUCGCCGUGAAAGUUGAGAACGUGUCGCACUUGUGCGAGCUCCAGAUCCAUCUCGUGCCGAUCAAGGAUUCGGAAGCGUUGCACAAGAGCCACACCGUCUACGAGUUCUUUCGAUCGUUUUUCUUGGGCAAUUCAGACGCCGUCGAGCAGCGGCUCGAGAUGCUGUGCAAGCUGCCCGUCGACGAGGCGAACGAUGUGAGGGAAUUAGUGGGCCGCGUGGUCGUUCCUGGCGCAGACUUCACUGUGAUCGAGGGGCUCUGCAAUCUGCUUCAGUCGAUCCAGGAGUACGAGGCUGUCGUGCAGGUCCGGGAAGCUAUCUUAGCGUGGCAGGAGGGCGCGUUCGGCGCGGAGGGCAAGGCGGUGGGCGCGGCGCUGUUUCAUCUUGGGCUCGCGUACCAAGAACUCGGCGACUGGGCAAGGAUGCGAGACAUACAGGAGCGCACGCUCGCUAUCUACGAGCGCGAGUACGGUAGCGACAGCACGCAAGUGGCCGUCGUGCUGACGAACCUCGGGAACAUUCAUGGUGAUUUAGGCGACCACGCCAAGGCGCGAGACAUCCUGGAGCGCGCGCUCCCGAUCAAGGAGCGGGCGCGCGGCCGCGACCAUCCGGAUGUGGCCAUCACGCUGAUGAACCUCGGGAACGCGUACGGCGACUUGGGCGACUACGCGAAGCAGCGCAACUUGCAGGAGCGCGCGCUCGCGAUCCAGGAGCGAGCGUACGGCCGCGACCACCCGAGUGUGGCCGGCACGCUGACGAACCUCGGGACAGCGUACGGCCGAUUAGGUGACCCUGCGAAGAUGCGAGACAUGCUGGAGCGCGCGCUCGCGAUCAACGAACGGGCGUACGGCCGCGACCACCCGGAAGUGGCCAUCACGCUGGGGAACCUUGGGCACGUGCACCGUUAUUUAGGCGACCCCGCGAAGGCGUGCGACAUGCUGGCGCGCGCGCUCGUUACGUACCAGAGAGAGUACGGACUAAACCAUCCUAACACCAAGAGGUUGCAAAACAACCUCGACAAUGCGCGAGCCGACUUGAAGUUCCCACUGCACACUACCGCAAAGAGAGGCAACGUCGACAAAUUGGCUCAGCUUUUAGACAGCGGUGGCGAGGUCGACCAGGCGAACGAGGAAGGUAAGACGCCGCUGUUGGUGGCUUGUCAGCUGGGACACGUCGACGUGGUUCGGCUGUUGCUGGACAAAGGCGCGGAGGUCGAUCGCACGGAUAAGGACGAAAGGACGCCGCUGAUCGCCGCCUGCGUGAAUUCCCACAUCGACGCGGUUCGGCUCCUGUUGGAGCGCGGGGCCAGGAUCGACGCAGCGAUGAUGGGCGGUAUUACUCCAUUGUUCUUUGCGUGUCUCGGAUGUCACGUCGAUUUGGCGCGAUUGCUGUUAGAGGGCGGCGCCGAGGUCGAUCGGUCACUCAUCUUGGACCAGACCUCACUUUUCUUCGCGUGUGCGGAAGGCCAUAUCGACUUGGUGCAGCUAUUGCUGGAGCACGGCGCCGACGCGAACCACAAAGAUAAGUACAGUCUGACACCGCUUCGCUACGCCUGCGAACGAGGACACGUUGCUGUGGUCAAGCUGUUGUUGGAGCGCGGGGCGGAGAUCCAAGGUGACGACGGCGACGAAUCCCCCGAAGGAUGCGGCGGCGAUAAGUUUCACGAGGGCGAUGUGGUCGACGUCAGGUAUCAGGGUGGUGACGAAUACCAACCCGCGAUAAUCAGCGGAGACCGUGGUGCCGGCACGUACGACAUCGAAUACGAAGUCGACUUCUUGGAUAACGAGACGGGCGUCGACGCGCGCUUGAUUCGAAAGCUCCUACGCUCGCCGCUGGCGAUUGCCCGACGCGAGGGGCACGCGGAGAUAGUCGAAGUCCUCGAGGAUCACCUCGACCCGCUGCACGCUGCUGCCAAAGCAGGCGGUCUCGAGGCGAUGACGCAACUCCUGGACGGCGGCGCCGCGGUCGACCAGACGAGGGAGAAUGGUGAGACGCCGCUCUGGACGGCGAGUCUCGCUGGCCGUGUCGAAGCCGCGCGGCUGUUGCUGGACCGUGGUGCAGAGAUAGAGCGGGCGAACGAGGACGGCGCGACGCCACUAUGGAUUGCAUGUGCGAACGGCCACGCCAACUUGGCGUUGCUGUUGUGGGAUCGCGGUGCCAGGAUCCACCGGGCGAACAGGAACGGCAUGACGUCGUUGUUUUCAGCGUGUCUGAACGGCCACGCUGACGCGGCGCGGCUGUUGCUGGUGCUUGGCGCCGAGAGUAACCGGGCGGACCAGGACGGCCAGACGCCGCUGUUCGCUGCCUGCUCGAAUGGCCACGUCGACGCAGCGCGGUUGUUAUUGGACCGCGGCGUCGAGGUCGACCGCACGUCAAAUUGGCGUGAAAUGGAGGGUGCGACGCCGUUGAUGGUCGCCACCCUUGGUGGUCACACAGAUCUGAUGCGGCUUUUAUUGGAGCGGGGCGCGGACUUGGAGCAAGUAAACGUUAAAGGCCAGACAGCGCUUCUGUUCGCCUGCUGCAACGGCCACAUCGACGCGGCGCGGCUAUUACUAGGGCGGGGCGCCGAUGUCACACGGGCGGCGACGUCUGGUCCCAGGCGCGGCAUGGAUGCAUUGACCGUGGCAAAACACAUGAAUCAGGUAGCCGUCGUGGCCCUGGUCGAGGAGCACUUUUACCCGCUGCACGCCGCUGCUAAGGCAGGCGAUAUCCACGCGAUGACGCAUCUCCUGGACGGCGGCGCCGCGGUCGACCAAGCUAAAGGGGACGGCGCAACGCCCCUAGUCGUAGCGUGCGAACACGGCCACGUUGACGCCGCGCGACUGUUGCUGCAUAACGGCGCGGAGAUCGACCGGGCGGUAGAGAAGAAGGAGUGGAAAGGCGCAACGCCGCUGCUUGUCGCAAAGCAUUGUAAUCAUGGUGCAGUCGUCGCGCUGCUCGAGGAACAAUUGGAUUUGAAAUUCCCACUUCACGCUGCGGCACGGACCGGCGACGCCGACGCGAUGACGCAGGUCCUUGCUGGCGGCGCAGAGAUAGAUGCAAAGGGGGACGGCGCGACGCCUCUAUUCGUAGCGUGCGAGGGCGGCCACGUCGAGGCGGCGCGGCUGCUGCUGGACAACGGCGCGGAGGUGGACCGGGCGGAUAAGUGGGGCAACACGCCGCUGUUCACCGCCUGCUGGAAGGGCCACGUCGACGCGGCGCGGCUGCUGCUGGACAAAGGCGCUGAGGUCGACAAAGCGGAAGAGGACGGAUGGACGCCGCUGUUCGCCGCCUGCCACGAGGGCCACGUCGAAGCGGCGCGGCUGGUGCUGGAGAAAGGCGCGGAGGUCGAUCGGGCGGAUAAGGACGACUGGACGCCGCUAUUCUAUGCCUGCUGCAACGGUCAUGUCGACGUGGCGCGGCUGUUGUUAGAUAAGGGCGCGGAAAUUACUCAGGCGUCUAAGAACGGUAUGACGCCGCUGGACGUAGCAAAGAAUAAUCAUCAUGACGCGGUCGUCGCGCUGCUCGAGGAACAAUUGGAUUUGAAAUUCCCACUUCACGCUGCAGCACGGACCGGCGACGUCGACGCGAUGACUCAACUCCUGGACGACGGCGCCGCGGUCAACCAAGCUCCAGGGGGUGGAGCGACGUCAUUAUUCAUCGCGUGCAAGAAGGGCCACAUCGACGCGGCGCGGCUGUUGCUGGAGCGUGGCGCUGAGGUCGACCGGGCGGCAGAGAAGGGGAAGUGGAAAGGCGCAACGCCGCUGCUCGUCGCGUGCUACGAAGGUCACGUCGACGCGGCACAACUCUGCUUGGAUCGUGGGGCGGAUAUUAACCUGGCGGACGACGACGGCCGGACGCCGCUGUUCGCCGCCUGCCGCAAGGGCCACGUCGACGCAGCGCAGCUGUUGCUAGAUAAAGGCGCGGAGGUCGACCGGGCGAACAAGAACGGCCGAACGCCCCUGUACAUCGCCUGCGAGGAGGGCCACGUCGAGGCGGCACGGCUCUUGCUUGAGCGUGGGGCCGCGGUGCCACGCGACGACGAAUCCCUUGAUGGCGCCGAAUACCGGGAGGGCGACGUGGUCGAGGCACGGUAUCGAUGCCGAGAAUAUUGCCCCGGAAAAGUCAGCCGAGACCAUGGUAAUGGCAAGUACGACAUCACCUACGACCACGGCGAGAAGGAGACGGGUGUCGAUGCGCGGCUCAUCCGCAAGCUCCUACGCUCGCCGCUGGCGAUUGCCCAACGCGAGGGCCACGCAGAGAUCGUCGCGCUCCUCGAGGACCACCGACGUUCCCGCAUUGCAAACAGGUGGCGUCGCGCCGUGGCGUGGUCAAGCCCACGCAAAAAUAGGUGGCGUUCCGCCUUGUCGUGGUCAAGCCCACGUCUUUUCGCUCCUCUAGAGCAGCCCUAUAUGCAUAGCCGGCAGCGGUGAUUGACCCUCAUUUCUAAGCCUCGUUCACGGUGAGAGACCCCGGUAGGGCUAGUCUAUCUACUAUCUAUAAGGUAAUGAAUCUUCUAGGAAGGGACGCGCGGCGCC